GCUGGUGGCACCAAAAAAAUGGAGGAGGUGCAGCCACACCCUGUGAAAGAGCAAUUACCUGGAGUUCAAUAUUGCAUUAACAGUCCUCCGCCAUGGCGGGAAGCAGUGGUGUUGGGGUUUCAGCAUUACCUUCUGACUCUUGGAAUUACUGUUCUGAUUCCAACUAUAAUUGUUCCUCAAAUGGGUGGAGGAGAUGCAGAGAAGGGUAGGGUGAUUCAGACCCUUCUGUUUGUUUCUGGAUUAAGCACAUUACUCCAAUCUUGGUUUGGAACCCGGUUGCCAAUUGUAGUUGUUGGUUCAUACACUUAUGUGAUACCCAUAAUUUCAAUUAUCCAGGCUAGCAGAUAUGCUUCCAUUACAGAUACUUAUGAGAGGUUUACUCAGACAAUGAGAGGGAUUCAAGGUGCCUUGAUCAUUAGUUCGUGUUUCCAAAUGGCUAUUGGAUUUUUUGGGUUUUGGAGGAAUGCUGUUAGGUUCCUAAGCCCAAUUUGUGUAGUCCCAUUUGUAACUUUCACUGGACUCAGCCUCUAUCAUCUUGGUUUCCCAAUGCUAGCAAAAUGUGUUGAAGUUGGACUUCCGGCACUAAUUGUUUUUGUUUUCAUCUCACAGUAUCUCAAUCGUUAUAUUAGCACCCAGAAGCCUAUACAUGAUCGAUUUGCAGUGUUGUUUACAGUUGCAAUUGCAUGGUUAUAUGCACAGCUUCUAACUUCAUGCACUGUAUAUAACCACAAGCCAGAAAGUACACAGAUUAGUUGCCGCACUGAUCGUUCUGGACUUAUUAGUGCCUCACCAUGGGUGUAUUUUCCUUUUCCCUUCCAAUGGGGGAGUCCUACUUUCAAUGCUGGGGAAGCUUUUGCCAUGAUAGCUGCUUCUUUUGUUUCUCUUUUUGAGUAUACUGGUACAGCUUAUGCUGCAGCAAGGUAUGGAAGUGCCACACCAGUGCCACCAUCUGUUAUCAGUCGUGGAGCUGGCUGGGUGGGAGUUAGUGCUUUGCUCAAUGGCAUGUUUGGAUCUGUAAGUGGAAGCACAGCAUCAGUGGAAAAUGCUGGUUUGCUGGCAUUGACAAGAGUAGGAAGCCGCAGAGUCAUCCAAAUAUCAGCUGGCUUUAUGAUUUUCUUCUCUUUAUUUGGCAAAUUUGGAGCAUUUUUUGCUUCAGUGCCUAUGCCAAUCAUAGCUGCACUAUAUUGUGUAUUAUUUGGCUAUGCAUCUUCAGCGGGUCUUGGCUUUCUCCAGUUCUGUAACCUCAACAAUUUCAGAACCAAAUUCGUGUUGGGCUUCUCAUUCUUCUUAGGCAUCUCCAUACCACAAUAUUUCUCAGAAUAUUAUCAUGUAAAGAAGGAUCAUGCAGGUCCUAGAUGGUUCAAUGAUGUAGUUACUGUUAUCUUCAUGUCCCACACAACAGUUGCUGCAAUGAUUGCUUUCAUUUUGGAUAUAACACUACAUCGUGAGAAUGAUGCAGCCCGAAAAGACAGUGGCUUGCAAUGGUGGGAGAGGUUUAGCUUGUACAAUGCAGAUGUUAGGAAUAAUGAAUUCUACUCUUUACCAUACAGGCUCGAUGAGCUUUUCCCAGCCGUUUAA